GUUCUGAAUACUGAUACGGUGCUGAAACGAGAGCGACUAUAUUUAAAGCGCACAGCGUCAUGUGAUGAAAGAAGCAACAAUUUCGCCACAAAACAAGCAGCAUGGUUUCACCUGUAGUGGCGUCAGCAGAUGUCUUAGAUGUGCUCUGCGCAACAUUCUACAAGAAAAAGUCUCACGAUGGGAUGAUAAAUUCAGCGGAAAGGCUUCUAGAAGAGGUUGCUCCCAGCAACAUAUCAGAUAUUGGUGAAAGCGACGAAGACAAGGGAAACGAUGAGUUCAAGGCAACAACCUGAUGAAUGUUUGGUGAGGCGGGGGAUCCAUGACCGAAGAAGUAGUCAUCAUGAUGCUGAUUUAACCGAUUCUUGUGAUGAUGCUGAAGACCAGACAGACAAAGCUGAGCAUGUAUCUCCAGAUGCUGACAUUGAGGAUCCAUUGGUGCAGGAGUCGUAUGAAUAUAAGCCAAGUAAUACGCAGACAUCAUAUCCUGACCUCUCACUCUAUAAAAGGAGACUGUCUAUCCCCAGAAGUGCUUCACCGGCUAGGCGCAAGAAAGAGCCACCACCACAUAGCCAGCAGGCAUCCUAUUAUAUAUAUGUAGUUGUACUUGUCUGUGCACUUGUACUACUUGUGCAGUACCUGUUCAGCGAACAGCCAAUGCCUUUGUCAUUGGCUGAUAGGCGCCUUGGGACAUUGCGAGAACAUCUUCGUAAACUUAAGGACACUUUUGUAGCACAGCCUGAAUAUAAUUGGCAGAUCAUACGUAGCUCUGUUAUGGACAUGAUCAAUGACACUGAUGUUUAUUCAGGACCAGCUGUGAUCACGUUUCUGGCAUCUGUUAAAAAUGAGCGUUUUGCAACAUGUCUUUCACAGCAGGUAGCAACUGCCUUGUCAUACACUUUCGGUGAUGGUGGAGACUAUGGAACUAUUGCCGCUGAUGAGUUGUCAGUGUCUGAAGAUGUUGCACGGCACGUUAUUGAGAAUCGGUGCAAAGAAGUAGUAGAAAGGCGGCAACGACAUGUAAUAGUUGCAUCACACCUAGAGCAAUGGAACCCUGAUGCAGCAAUGAUGUUGCACCCCUUGUGUGACCAGGAAAAUGCUUUGUACAAGAACGUAACAUACAUUCUAACUGUGUUCACAAAGCAUGAAGAUGUGUCUGGCCAGAGGGAAAGAAAAGAGUAUGAUCAUCUUGCUGAGAAUGCACUUAACAAUGCCUGGGAAUCUAUGGACACUAACCAAAGGCAUGCCAUCAUUAGUAGGGUGACUGGCAAUGUUGUGUUGGUGCGAGAAGACUCUUCGUCGUGUGUGUCAGCUAGCUAGGAAACAUUUACUUCAGUAAGAACCGUUUCCAAUCUGAUGGCUGUGAUGGCUUUUAUGCCUUGAAAGUACAAGUGGCAUGCCGAGAAACAACGGAGUGGGCCUCUUACACUGGCAGGGAAAGUGUGCAUAGUGAAAUUUUGUAAUAUAUUGUGCACAUUUGAAGUAAGAAACACCGAAAAGAAUGUUCACAUGUCAUUUUGCAAAUCUUUCCCUUUGUACCUGUUUAAAUGCUCUUUGGUGACAUGUAGCGAUCUCCCCAUUUACAUGGGUUAUCAACUGAAGGCUUGCAGUGUCUUGUGGUGGCCCUUUUGCAGCAAAUUAUGUGAAAUUGGGCGUUGUUUCUUAUUGAGGCAAAACUUUGCAUUGUCAUGUGUUCAAUUUCUUGCAGGAUGGUAGUUGUUAUAUGUGCCCAACUGUGUCCAUUAUUUCACAAGGCACAAAUUUGGUAGGCACAGUUACUGGCAAUAUUUACCAUUUGUAGUCACAAGUGGAGGCAUAGUAACAGAUGAAUGUUGACCAUAACCAGUGGGUUAAAGUUGGUGAUGCUGUUUUAUCCCAACAGGUGUAUAGCAGUGCAGUUUGAGUUUAGAAGUUUAAGUUGUUGUGCACAAAUCUCAAGGAGUUGGUGUAGUCAUGGCGCAUAUUGUGUUUUAGUGUGCAGCUGUUGCUGUUGACUUGGCCAGGGAUGUGCUGGCGUGAUUGUGCCAUUUAUUUGUACAACGUACUGUGUAUAAGAAAUUAUUAUUGUUCAGUAAAUAAUGCAAACUGUUAUUUUGAG